UAGAGCCAGAGAGCGAAAGAAAGAGAAAUUUUGGAUAGAAUAGAAUAGUAGGUGAAGGGGGGCGAGGCGGGGCGAGGUGGAGGCAUCAGAAAACAGAAACGCCGGCCGAUGACGACGAUGAAUAAUCCUCCAACCAAAAAGAAGAAAGGUCGUCCUUCUCUCCUGGAUCUCCAGAAACGCGCCCUCCUCCAACAACAGGAGCAGGACCAAUGCCCAAACCCUCGCCGUCUAUCCACACGCCGGAACCCUACUCCUCUCGAUUCAUCCCCGCCGUCCAAUUCCCUUGCCGAAGCCGAUGACGACGAUGAGCGCGCAAAGAAGAAGCAUAAGCCCCUCCUCGGUUUUAAUCCCAAUUCGACUCCGACAUUGUCGCCCUUUAAUUCGGGCGCCUACGGUUCCGAUUCGAACGCGGGUGGUGAGGAUCCGGAGGCCGCUCUCAAGAUCAGCACCGUCCAUCGCGGAUCUAAUCAUAUGAGCCGUGAAGAGAUUUUGAAAGCGACAGACAGUAGCAGUUUAUUACAUGGGUCGCAGGUGGAGUCCGGUCCCACGACACCUUUGCCAGACAAAAAGUUGCUGGUGUUCAUCCUUGAUAGGCUUCAAAAAAGGGAUACUCGCGGGGUGUUCUCUGAGCCCGUUGAUCCAGAAGAGCUUCCUGAUUAUCAGGAAAUCAUUCAAAACCCAAUGGAUUUUGGAACUGUGAGGACGAAACUAGAUCAUGGAGCUUACUCCAACUUGGAACAGUUUGAGAAAGAUGUGUUCUUGAUAUGUUCAAAUGCAAUGGAGUAUAAUGCACCAGACACUAUUUACUUUCGACAGGCACGAUCUAUACAAGAGCUCGCAAAAAAGGACUUUGAAAAUUUGAGGCAAGUAAAUGAAGACGGUGAUCCGAAACCAAAAAUUGCGAGGAGAGGCAGGCCACCUGGCAAGAGCAUGAAAAAGUCAAUUGAAGGCUCUCCACUUGAUCGUGUAGGUCCUCAAUUUGUAUCAGAAACUACUCUUGCUUCUGGAGGAGAGAAUCCUAGCUUGUCCGGCACAUACAAUCUAAGACGGCCUGCUCCCCAUAAGUUCAGGUCUUCUGAUGCAUUAAAUAUGGGCCCCCAUGGGUCUCUUAGUGGUGAAACUGGUGCUAGUUGGUUGCCUGGCUGGGAGAAUGAAUUUCCAGCUUCUGUAUUGAGGAGUGAUCUAAAAUAUGGAAAGAAACAUUUUACAGUAGAUGAGAACAGACGCGACACUUAUACACAAGCUCUGGCUUUUGGCGAUGAGCCAUCAAUGUUUUCUGGUUGUGAAGGAGAGUGGAAGCAACUUGUGGCGGUAGGUCUACAAUUUGAGCAUGGUUAUGCAAGGAGUCUAGCUCGUUUUGCCGCAAAUCUUGGACCUGUUGCUUGGAAGGUUGCUUCAAAGAAAAUUGCAAGUGUUUUGCCUGUUGGAAUCAAGUUUGGUCCAGGAUGGAUAGGAGAAAAUGAGACAUGGAGGAUGCAACCGUUUUCAGUCCGUGAGAGGGAACAGAGGGUUCAAGGCAACCCUGCAUCUGAUGACCACACAGACAAACUUGUACCCCACAGUACAUUAUGCUCAGACGAAGCCAGAUUGUCAGAAAUUUCAAGUGGACCGAGAUCUAGCCACGUGCUUGGUGGGGAAGCAUCGUGGAAUGGUUCAUCCUUACACAAUAAACAUGUUGCUUACACAUUCCCCUCGGACUUGAACGUCAAGCUGGGUGCCGCAGGCUUACCUCAAAUGGGUCUGCAACAACAACAGCAACAGCAGCCGGAUUUAGCUUUGCAGCUUUGACCACGGUGAGGUUGUCGGAGGGGGGCGUAUAUACAAGCAGUGGGGAUUAAUGGAAUUAGAUUAACAGAUGAGGAUUCUAUUUUGUCUUUGUUUCUAAUUAAAAAUAUAUUAUCAAGGUGGGUGUCUGAUUGGCGCAAGGAAUGAUUGCCGGUUGACACUGGUAUUUUGUACAGAUUAAUCAUUUUUAUGUUAAAAAUUCUUUGGUUUAACUUUAA